AUGUCUAUCGACGACAAAAAUAAAUUAAACACUGUUCAUCUUAAUGAUCCUCUUAUCACUCCUCCUCUCAUUCCUUUUAAGUUCAAUCAUUCAUUAGAUGUUAAUCAUAAAAACAAUUUUUUAAAUGUCAUUCCGUCUGCUCAUGUAGAUUCCACCAUUACUCCUCCUUUAACUCCUCCUAAUACCGCUAUGAAUACUCCCGCAAAAUCCCCAAAUAAUUACUAUUUUGAAGAUAUUAAUUAUAUUUCGACCUAUUCUGAUGAUCAUUCGCCUUCUUCUUUAAAUAUUUCUACUGUCAAUGAUUUUACAAAUUCAAAUUUGACUACUCCUAUAACUGAUUCCUCUUCUUUACCAAAUGAUGAUACUAGAAGUAAUAACAAAGGAGAGAUUUGUAUAUUUACUCAAGUAUCUACUACAAUAGCUGUU